UUGUACUCAGGUAAAGAGCACAGUGCUUCUCUAUUAACUCUGCAGAUUCCUGUACUGUGAGGAAAGGAAAUGAGAGUGAGAAUGGAUUCUUGGUGCUCCCUUCAUGUGGUGCUAAUGUACGGACUUGUCGCCAUUGAGUUGCUGAAUGGAACCGCCGGGUUUUCGAUACCUAGGCAGCAUCUGAACGCAGACAAAGCUGUGAAGGCUGUGCAAAAUCAUUAUAAUUUGAACAGUAACAAUUGGGUAGGAACUGCUGUGUUCACUCCAUACCUGGGAAAAAUAGAGACCUGCACAUGUGAGGGACUGAUGUACGCGGCCAUGUUGAAGACUUACGAGGAAAUCUUUGCAGACAUGAUGAAGAAGUCCACUGAGGUCCAGAAUGAACUGAAGGACCUGAAGAAAAAUGUGACCCAGCUGAUAAUGAGAAAUUACACAGAAGAGCAGAAAGUGUUGCACAAGCUCGAGGAGAUUAGGCUCAAAGAUGUGAAAGACUUCACGAUCCAGGGUGGAGCAGUGAACGACUUUCGCUCCGUAUUCGAUUUGGCCUCAAAAGGUGGACAAAACUAGAAAUGUGUAGAUACUGCCUGAUUUGAAGAAUGUUGAGCACAGACACAAGUCUGAAUCUGUUUUAUUUUUUUCUUAAUGCAAAUACUAUUUUAUUGCUUUUUGUUGUCUUAUUUAUCAAAUGUCAAUAUUUAAAUAUUAUUUAGACUAUUUUAUUUAGACGUAAUUUAUUUAUUUAUCACAAAAUGUACUGAACAUUAACAUUGUGCAAUUUACUUGAGUAACUUAUUAU